GACAGCGAAUGUGUCAAAACUCACAUGAGUCUAUCUUGAGAGAAAAUAGUGAGUGUGCGUGAAUGUGUGCAACCAUAGAUUAUUGUUGCAGAUGUGUUUGUGCACGUAAUUUUGAUUAUGCAAAAGUCGAUAUUAUUCCUUGAUUCGCAAAAUCAAAUCCUUAAAGUCGAAAAUAUUCAGCAAAAUAACAUGCUAGUCUUGCCGAUAAAUGUUUACUGUUGAUCAAAUUGUCUAUUGUAACAUCGAUUCUAAUAAGGGCAUUGAAGACGAUGGAAGAAUGUAUGCGGCAAUUGAAAGAGUUUUGUUAUUCAAUGCAGGCAUCACUAUAAACAAACAAUAAAUAAAAAUCGAUAAAAAGAAAAGUUUAAAUCACAAACAUUUGCAACUCGUUGAGCACCCAUUCCUGUAUUUUUGCGAAUCUUCUGACUUUUAUUUCUUAUGUAAAUAAUUUCUGAAAAAUAUUAGUUAAGGUCGACAAUGGCGAUGCAAGCUCUCAAGCAAAUUGGCGAUGAAAGUCGUGCCAUGGCAAAUCGAGUUUUUGACGACGGUCAAAUUACAAUAGUCAAAGAAAAUAUAAAAAAUGCGUGGACAGAAUUGUUGGAAGCUUUAAAACAUUUCAAAGAAUCUGCUUCGAAUUUGACGAGCCCACAAUUUUUAGGGGAACAAUUACAAAUUGUAUUUCGUGAUGAGAUUGCACGAAAUAAUCUAUUUUAUGUGUGUAUCGGAUUAAGCAUUGGAACAACCUGUGGUUACGUGAUCGGAACAUGGAUUGCACGACCAUUCUAUCCCGUCCCGGUUAUGAAAGCUGUAGCCUGUUUGACACUACGAGAUCCUGAUAAUGUGAUUCCGACUAUGGUGAAGGUCCCUUCUUUGACUUCGCCGAGUGACAUCUUAAUAAGAGUAAGAGCAGCUUCGAUUCAUCGAAUUGAUUAUCAAAUUGCUGAUGGCUAUGGAAAAACUUUGCGCCGCAUGAUUCAACAAUAUAAUUCAUACGAUCACCAGGAACUGCCAUUAGUCAUUGGUAGAGGUUGUGCUGGUGUGGUUGAAGGUGUCGGACGAAAUUCAAAAAGUGGACUAGAAAUUGGAGAUGAAGUUUGGUUAGCGGCACCAUGGUAUGAGUCAGGGGUUGCAUCUCAGUUAGUUGUUGCACCAGAGUCACGGAUAUCGAGAAAACCAUUCAUAAUUGGAUUCGAGGGAGCAGCUAGUUUGCCAUAUAGUGGUUGCAUCGCAUUAUCCGCACUACAAAGUGCUUCCUUGGAAGAGACAACAUGCAUUGGAAAGCGUGUUCUCGUUUCUGACGGCUGUUCGCCGGUUGGAUGUGUUUUAACGCAGCUAUUGAAAAAAUGGGGAGCAUAUGUUACCGCCACUUGCAAUGUUCGAUCCGUACCUGUUAUUCAAGCCCUAGAGGAAAGAGGUGCCGAUGAUGUGAUAGCUUUUAAUAGCGACGACAAAAUUUAUGAGUUAGAAGAAAGAGACCUUUUGCUGAAAGAGUUGACAAUGCGAGAGCAUUAUGAUGUUGUAUUUUUGACUACAUCUCAAACUUAUAAUCGCGAUUUCAUUGGCAAAUUUUUAUGUGAAAAUGGAAUAAUCAUUGACACCGUCGAAAAGCGACUAUCAUCCGAUGAAUAUGGAUUUUUCAUGCGAUUUCUAUGUUCCAUUUAUGUAAGACUGGAAAAAUGUGUGUCAUUUUUAUUCAAAACGGAGUCCGAUUGGGGCGGACCGCACAUAUGUCAUCGAACACUGGACAAAUUGGCCGGAUAUGUAAACGAUGGAAUUUUGCAAACCGUCGUAGAUCAAGUGUAUACACCUGACGAUGCCGAAAAGGCGCUAGCUCAUAUUUGCAGUGCAAAAGCAAUUGGCGGAACGAUCAUAACCUUCAGAUCUUAAUAAAAAGGAAAAUGAAUCAACAUGCAGGAAAAGAAGUUCAUAACAAAUCGGAGUAAUUGUAUGGAUUUUGUAUCAAAACCUAGAAUUAAAUAAACUCUGGCAAGCAGCAAACAUAGCUAAUACUUGAGAAAAAAACACAAUUCAAUUCACAUGUGACAAAGAUUUUUUUUGUUUAUUUUUAUUGUUUAUGUACGUUGUGAUAACCUAAAAUAAAA